UUAGGAUCGGUGGGAAAAACCGUGCACAAUAGCACCAAUACAAUAGAGCGUUUUCUUGAAGCCACGCCUUGCAUUGUGAACGCCCAGAGAAGAAAGAAAAAUUUCUCGACCGAUUGUAUUGACUUUUUAAACGCCCAACACACCCACUGGGUCUCAUUGUGUGCACGUCGACAAUACCUCGGAACCACUGUGCGCCGGACUAAGACGAUCGUAGGGCGGAGUCUAGAGAGAGAACGCGGCGCACCUAUUUGAUAAAUAAUGGGGGGGAGUGGGACAGCGCGCGCCGCUCGGUCACACUGCGCUAGAAAAGGAUGGGCGUCCGCUUUGUAUAGAUUCUUGUGUUAUUCCGCAUAGACAAUUGAUUAUUUUGCAAUUUCUAAAUAAAACCUCAUACAGUUUUAACACAAAACCAUCCUAAACACUACAAUACAGCAGUCUGUAGUACUAAAAAGGUCGAUUUUAUUAAAGUAGUGUAAGUUAAUGGUGUGUAAGCGAGUUAUUGUUUGUAGGGCACUGACAUUAGGUAGGUGCGUCCUUGUCGCACUCGCGGGGCGGGGGGCAGGCAUUGUAGCGCGCGCGUAUUGUCGCUUCGAUCUGGUUCAUUGUGUGGCGGCGCGUCGCAUCGAGCGGACGUACGUCGGGUUUUCGAAUUUCGAACCGCGUUCGAUCGUGUACGAGUUUGAGCGUUCGUUUUUUUUUGUGUUGUGUUUUUAAAGUUUUGAACUGUGUUAUAAUGCCAAAGAGUGAGACUGUUUAGACGUGUUUUGUUUUUUUUUUCUGUUGAAUGCUGGCCGGUUUUCUCUGAUGUCUCGAAAACAGAAAGGAACAAUGGUAACACUGUUGAAGAAACAUGUCAUCUAAACGAAAGUCACCUCCGUCGAAAUUGCAAGAAGGUGCCGCCGACACGGAUAAGCCCGAAGCCGGCCCGGCUCCCCCGGACUUCCCGGACACCCAGGAGGACGACCAGACCUACUACAAGUUCUCUCCAAGUUCUUCCACCAGAAGCUCCAUCAGCGAAGAGGAUCAGUUCGAAGAAGAGAGACCGAGCAAAAAGCAAAGAUUCGAGCAAAGCUUAGAAAUGACAAAUAACCUUCUAGUCCCCUCCUCUUUUUUAAGUCUUCACCAAGUCAAUGAUCUUCAAGCUAGACGCCGCGGCUCCUCCGAAUGCAGCAGUCCUGGUGCUGAAGCUAAAUUGGGUAUUUGCAAUAACAACAAUUCAUUGCUGAAUCAUAAUAGCGCGCUGUCGCUCGGGAACCCGCAUAAGCGGUCGAUGGACGACGUGCUGAAGAGGUUGACGUCUAAAAUGAACAAUAGUACUAUUAAAGAGGAGAAGAGGCCUACGCCGUCAACUACGCCUGUUAAGCAGAACAACGACAGACGAGGAGUGUUAGACGCGGCAGCAAUCCAGGCGUUGGCAGGCGAAAGUGUGCUGGAGAAAGAAAGACAGCUGUCGGAGAUGAUCCUACAGCUCCAGAUGGUGCGAGAGCAGCUGUUAGCGCAGCAGGAGCAUGCUAAGAAUAUCGGCAAUGUGACAGCCGAGUUGGAGUUCCAAAGACUGCAGCAGGAGCAACUGAGGAGACAGGAGCUGGUGCGGCGCGGGCAGCAUGGUCUGUACCCUGGGCCGCCGCUGUCUCUGCUUCCAAUGUUGGAGCAGAUGCGGGCUCAACAGCCAAAUGUGAGUAUUUUUGUGGGUUCCCCCUGGCCGGCGACCGCGCAGCUAGCCCAACUGACCGCCAGCGCGCGCUCCCCCCCGCCGGACCCCGACGCGCCCCUCAACCUCAGCAAGCAGCGCUCCCCGUCCCCGGCGCCGAUGAUGCUGCCCCGCUUCGUGCCGUACCCAUCUGUCCCGGACUCCCCCCAGUACAGCAUGCAGAAGGAGGAUGAUUACAACGCGCAGUGUAACACAUCCUCCUGGGGCCAGUCACCCGCCGAAGACACCGAGAAGGCCAAGCUCGUCCGCCAACCGAAGCGCGACGAGGCAGGCAAGCCCCACAUCAAGCGGCCAAUGAACGCCUUCAUGGUCUGGGCCAAGGACGAACGCCGGAAGAUCCUCAAAGCCUGCCCGGAUAUGCAUAAUUCUAACAUAUCGAAGAUAUUAGGGGCGCGGUGGAAGGCCAUGUCGAACGCUGAGAAACAGCCGUACUAUGAAGAACAGUCGAGGCUGUCGAAGCUGCAUAUGGAGAAGCACCCUGAUUAUAGGUACCGGCCGCGACCCAAGCGGACUUGCAUAGUCGACGGCAAGAAGAUGCGGAUAUCGGAAUACAAGAACCUGAUGCGCACGCGGCGCCAAGAGAUGCGGCAGCUGUGGUGCCGGGAGGGGGGCAGCGAGCUGGGCUUCCUCCCCUCCCUGUCCUCCCCGGGGCCUUCGAACUCCUCCCCCCCUCCCAACGGGGGGAGCUACAUGGCGGCCGGGUUCUCGCCGCCGCUGUCGCCGCGCGAGGACGACUGAGGGCCGGCGCGCGGCUGGCCCUACCCGCACGCCGCGCCCCUCGCCCGACCCCCCUCUCACCACCCCUGGUAACUUCUAGAAGACAAACAGAACAUUUUUUGUGUUGCUCGCCUGUAAAUUUAGGCAAUAUCGAUGCCAGUGUCACAAUUGGAUCUCUCUCGUUUAUACAAAAUGUUUAAUUAUGAGAUUAUUCCAUUAGUGAAAUAAGCGUUAGGGCCCUUUAGGGGUCAUUUGGAAUAUUUGGCGAUUAUGCAAAAUUGUGCCAAACGUUUAACCAACAAUUAGGGAAUUAGAUAAAAGUGUAUAUAACUUCAAUAUUUAAAAGAUCGGUCCUGAUAUAAGGGAAAUGUACAUACAUCUUUGUAGAUAUUUAACGUUUUGGCUUAUGUAGCGUAAGUUUCAGAGAUUAUAACUAUAGAAAGUACCUUUUAACUGUUUUAGACUUGGAAACAUGUUCCAAGGAUUGUAUGUAUGUAGACGCUUUAGACUUUAAAUCGAGAAUAUAUCAAACCAAAAAUUCGAAGCGUAUGCUUGAAAAUUGUAGUGUUUUGAACACAGAACUGUUUUGAAUCCAGUGAGAUCUGUUAAAGCAUAAUGAUUGUAAUAAAAUAAUAAUCUUAAUACUCAUAGUUUUAGUAGAAAUCGCUACUAUUGUAAGAUACAGGUUAUUUGGUAUUUGUAAGAAUAGUGAAAAUUGUUUUUCAUUUUCUGACGAUUUUUUUAAAUCUUUAUAAAAGAUUGUUUUUGAACCAGUGUGCACAAAGCUUUACAUUGUCAAUUCAGUAAUUGUCAAUUGUUUUUAUACGGACCGGUGUUUUUUUAAAAGCGAUUAUUUGUCGCCAAGCUGGCUUGGCUCUCUAAAUCUAGUAUUAUUUAGAGGUACAAUUUUACAUAUCUACAAUUCUGAUAUGAAAUUUUAUUUUAUCCUGUAAAAUUGUAACCUUAUACAGUUUUGACGUAGUUACAUGAAAGAGCCAAUCCAUAUAAAGCAAUAGUAAAAAAUAAUAUUUUGUAGCACAGACAUAGACACUAGCGACAUCUAGUUGUGCUGUCAAAAUAAUUCAUGAUAAAUAAUAUAAUUAGGAGUUAUCUGUAGCGACUCCGUGCGUAUGGUUGUCUAGUCUGUGGUUUUAGCAAAAUAGUAUUAAUUUUCAAAAUAUGGAUUGGUUCUUUUACGCUUAAUUAUGUCCAAAUUUGGUAAAAUUGGCACGAGUGUAGACGCGGUAUAUCCCCACCGACUUGUGGGUUAUUAUUAAAAUAAAAAAUGUUCGCUUUAUCAAACCGUGCAAUUUUAUUAGUAGGAAAUAGUCUAAGCUGUAGGUACAAGCAUAAUAAAUAAAAUGUGUCAUUACUUAGUAAAAGGGACUUUGGAGAGGUUGGCCGAGAGCCAAGCGCCCAUUGGUUCAUUUUCCCAUGAAACGACACAAUUAAGCGUUUAUAAUAAGUACAGAAUACAAUGUUGUAUAGAUAUUUAGAGUUAAAUAAACCGUGGUUGUUUGACGUUAAUUGCCAUUUAUAAUUUUUGUUAUUUAUUUUUCUUAAAAGUUUUGUUUCCCUUCUUUUAUUUGUAACGCUGUAUGCCAGUAAUCGAGAACGUAGACUAGUGUAAGAGUAAAUUAAACAAAAUGUGUACGUGAAUUAAUGUUUAUGGAUUAAGUAGUGUGUAUUAUUCUUAGUAAAUGUGUAAGGGUUUAGACAGUGCCGUUAAAUUAUUUAUUUUUAUGUUGAAUACAUGUAAAUACGCGAUAUUUGAUGGUAAACGUUAGUAAUGUGGUUGUUUAAUUAUUGAUACUUAAUAUUUCACGUCUGGAUGUGUCCAUUUUCUUUUCAUUCCAUUCUUUUUUGCACAGAAAUCAAUGAUCCUCUUGACUAGGAAAAGCAAAAUCGAUGUUAUGUAAGAUAUUCACUUUCAUUUAAAUUGUAUUUGGGAAGGUAAAUCAAAUCUUGUCACUCGAUGCUAUGGUUACAUUCCCUUGGGUCACUCUUAAAAUCCUGCUUUAUCGGAUUUAACUAAGCAUAUAAGAAGAACGUGCUGCAAUAUUUUGACGUAAUUGAGGGAAAAGGAUCCAAUCCACAAAAAUGUGUCAACAGAAAUUGAAUUUUCUGUCAAGAGUCGUAUUUUAUUUAAAUGACAAAUUUUAAAGGAUGGAUCCUUUUCGUUAAACUACAUACGCCCGUUUAUUCUAGCAAACUGUGCUACUGUUGUCCCCUGGCUGACGAGACUGAACAAGAAAUAGUUGAUCCACUCAUUUAGUUAUGUAACUUAUGUACAGUCACCGUCAAAAGUAGCGGAUCAGAUUACGCGUCAAAAGUAUCUACCAUUCUCAAAGAGAUACAUCUGUACCUACAACUAAAACAAUUAGACUGCAAUAGAUACUUUCGAAUGCAACUGUAGAGAUUUUAUCUACUUUAAAAGCGCGUUAUUUCGUACGUUAAAAUUGACGCCGACUGUACACACACCGGUUUUGCUUUUUAAUUCUGGAACAUCGAAUGGAAGAGACAAUAUUGGGAAUAGAUCUCGAACAACUUUUUAAUUUUACUUAAACAUUUUCAUUAUUUAUUUUAAAGACAAAAUUUUAUAUAAGUAGAUAAUCUUGCCAUGACUUGUUAAAAAUGUAAACAUCACAGUACUUAAAAUAGUAGUUUAGAUUUUUUAAUGACUUGUUUUUGUCUAUUGUAUUUUGUUGAUAUCUCCACAGUGCACCCGUUUGACUUAGCAUUCGAUUUUUUUUCAAAUGUAUAAGUGGGUAGAUUUUAGGUUUUAUUACCUAGUAUAAACCAGGUCACAUUGUUUAAAAUUGUGCCAAAACCCAAAAGUAUAUUAAAAAGUAAACAUUAAAAAUA